AUGGCAGAAGAUGAUCAAAUGGCAAAUGUCAAAUUUCCACCUGGAAAGAAAUUUGGAGAAUGGGUUAUCAAAAAGCGACUUGAUGAAGGUGGUUUUGGUCAGGUUUAUUUGGUUGAAAAUGCGAAAAAUGUGAAAGCUGCACUUAAAGCUGAAUCGAAUGAAGUUGAAGGUGGAUCAGCUAUAAAAUUAGAGACAAUGAUAUUGAAACAGUUGAAUAAAAAUGGACAACAACCACAUAUUCCUGUUGUAUUUCAUGCAGCAAAAAGGAAUAAAUAUUGUUAUAUGGUUAUGACAUUACUUGGGGAAAACUUGAAACAUCUCAAAACAGAUCAACCAAAAGAGCGGUUUACGAGAGGAACUUGGUCGAGAAUUGGAAUUCAAUGUUUGUAUUCGUUGAAAUAUUUGCAUGAUUGUGGAUUUAUUCAUCGCGAUAUAAAACCGCAAAAUUUUGUGAUGGGACAUCCCGAAGAUGGAGUACGUGCCAGAAUGGUUCAUAUUUUGGAUUUUGGAUUAGCAAGACCAUUUGCCAGCUAUGUAAGUUAACUUGGUUAUGCGGGAUCCCAAAAUGAUUAAACUUUUAGUUUUCUUUCGAGGAAAAACUUCUAAUGUUAAAUUUUACAAUCCGCUUUGUAUUUUUCUGCCUUUUCCUUGUCUUUCUCUAUCUUCUCAAAUACGAUGUUCUCGGAGAAAAUCGUGAAAUAUUUUAAAUUUCUUGAUUUCAUUUCACAAAAAAACCGAAUUGAAAAAACAAACGAGAGAGUGUUGCUUUUAGAAGAGACGGGAGAGAAGGAGCGAAAAAUGAGAGAUAGAAAUGCGUUAGAGAGAACGCCAGACAACACGACUUUUGUGAAUUUUUUGCAACCCCAAAACCAUUUUUCGUUUUUUGAACAAAAAUGCUAAAAUCCUUCAAACUCAACUAAAUUUGACAAUCUUUACAGCAAAAAGUAGCAAAUCCUCGAGAAUAGAGAUUGCAAAAAGAAAAACAUCAAAAACUUUUCGCCAAACACCAAGAAACUAUGAAUAUAGGUUUUUCGCCUUGAUUUCCCGCUUUUCCAACCUAAAAUAUCCUUCCAAAAUUCUCGAGAAUAGAGAUGGAAAAAGAAAAACCUCGAAAACAAUCCUGAUUCUCCCAAUUUUCAUGUGAAAUUUUAAUUUUGAAAGAUUUUCAGUUCUUUCGCGAAAAAUAACUUCUAAUGUUAAAUUUUACAAUUCGAUUGUUAUUUUUCUGCCUUCGCCUUGUCUUACUCCAUCUUCUCAUAUAUGAUGUUCUCGGUGAAAAUCGUGAAAUUUCCUGAUUUUACGAAAAAAACCGAAUUGAAACGAGAGAGUGUUGCACCUAGAAGAGACGGGAGAAAAGGAGAGACAACACGACGUUUGUAAAUUUUUUGCAACCUCAAAACCAUUUUUCGUUUUUUGAACAAAAAUGCUAAAAUCGUUCAUACUCAACCAAAUUCCAAGAUCUUUGCUGGAAACAAUAGCAAAUCCUCGAGAAUAGAGAUGGCAAAAAGAAAAACCUCAAAAACUUUUCACCAAACACCAAGAAACUAUGAUUAUAGGUUUUUCGCCUUGAUUUACCCCUUUUUUCGUAAUUUUUUUAAACUUGGUGGUUAGCUUUCUUAUGUGAUUCAAUUUAUAUCUUAAAAAAAUCAAUAAAAAAACCUGGAUGGGCUGAAUUUCCAAGGUUGAGCUUCAUUCUCAUGAGGAAAACGAAUGAAAAAAAUUCAAAAUCGAGGCGAGAAGAGCAAACGCGCUCAAUGGACAAUUAAUUUAAUAUUUUUUUCAAAAGCCCCUCGACAUUCAAUUUUUUCCAAAAGCUUUGAAGUAAAAAAUCCAAUUCCAGAACGAAGCCAAGAAGAAGUGGGUUCCAAGAAAAGCUCGCGGAACAGCCGAAUUUCGUGGAACUCUUCGCUAUACUUCACCAAAUGUUCAUAAUCGAAAAGAACAAGGACGAGUCGACGAUGUUUGGUCACUUUUGUAUGUUUUGAUUGAAUUGAAUGGCGGUCUUCCAUGGCAAACUGAAAAAGAAAGAGAAAAAGUGGAACAAAUGAAAAUGAAUAUGGACAAUCGAGCUGUUAUGAUGAAUAUGCCACUUUGUAUGGGUAAUAUUUUGCCACAUUUGAAGAGUUUGGAUUAUUAUCAACGACCUGAUUAUCAUUUAUUCUUUAAAUCAUUGUGGCAAGUUAUGUUGAAUGAGAAAAUAUUGCCGAAUAGUAAAUAUGAUUGGGAAUCACAUGAGCAAGAAGAAGCUGCUGUGAGUUUUUAUUUUUCGAAGGCUUUACAGUCCAAUUAUUUUUUCCAGAAAAAGUUCAAAGAAUGCGACUGGGAAAAACCAGAUGGCCCAUUCUUCAAAGCUGAUCCAACAGGAAUCAAUGGCCCACCAGAAUCGAAUGCUGUUUCUGAUCGUGGAAAUGCGGAUGCACUCAAAAGUGUCGAGGAAUCCAAUAUGAAGGUAUCUUAUUUUUGAAAGACUUUUUGAUCAAUUUUUGAUUUUUUUCAGAAAGCAAAAUAG